AUGGGAAACAUUAAAAUCAAAUAUUUCACGAGAAAAAGAAGUCAAUGCUGCUGGGGGGAACUUUGUCAUUAUUGUCGAAAAAUCGGUGAAGAAGAGAAUGUUUCUGUUGUAAUUGUUGGGGAAGAUGUGGAAAGGGACGUUGUUGUUGUAGGAGAAAUUGUUGAAGAAGAGAAUGUUUCUGUUGUAAUUGUUGGGGAAGAUGUGGAAAGGGAUGUUGUUGUUAUAGGAGAAAUUGUUGAAGAAGAGAAUGUUUCUGUUGUAAUUGUUGGGGAAGAUGUGGAAAGGGUUGUUGUUGUAGGAGAAAUUGUUGAAGAGGAGAAUGCUUCUGUUGUAAUGUUGGAGAAGAUGUGGAAAGGGAUGUUGUUGUUGUAG